AUGAUGACCAUGAACGGCAAGCAGCAUUUCUCCAUGCACGCGGCUCUGCACGAGCCCAAGUAUCCCGGCCUGCACUCAGGCUCGGAGGGCAUGCGCAGAGUCUGUCUGCCCGCCCCGCAGCUGCAGGGCAAUAUAUUCGGAGGCUUUGAUGAGAGCCUGCUGGCACGGGCAGAGGCUCUGGCGGCUGCUGACAGCAUUGUCUCUCACGGCAAGAGCCACCCGUUCAAACCAGACGUGACUUACCAUACCAUGAGCAGUGUCCCCUGCACCUCAGCCUCCUCUUCUUCCUCCACCACCGUGCCCAUCUCCCACGUCCCCUCCACCAUCGCCUCCCACCAUCACCACCACCACCUCGGACAGACCCUGGAGGCCGGGGACCUCCUGGACCACCUCUCCACCAGCCUGGCCGUGACCGGGAUGGGCGCUCCGGAGCCUCCCGGGAUGACCACGUCGGCGCACCACCACCAGCACCCGCACCAUCACCUGCAGACCAUGGGGCAGCUGCACCAGGCUAUGGCCACUAUGGCCCACCCUCACUCUCUGUCAGUGCACGGCGGCAUGGCGUGCGUCAACGACGUGGAGUCGGAUCCCAGGGAGCUGGAAGCCUUCGCCGAGCGCUUCAAGCAGAGGAGGAUCAAACUCGGGGUGACCCAGGCGGACGUCGGGUCGGCGCUGGCCAACCUCAAGAUCCCCGGAGUGGGGUCCUUGAGCCAGAGCACCAUCUGCAGGUUCGAGUCCCUCACCUUGUCCCACAACAACAUGAUCGCGCUCAAGCCGGUUCUCCAGGCCUGGCUGGAGGAAGCGGAGGCUGCGUACCGGGAGAAAAGCAGCAAGCCGGACCUUUUCAACGGGAACGAGAGGAAAAGAAAGCGCACCUCCAUCGCCGCGCCGGAGAAGCGCUCUUUGGAGGCUUACUUUGCCAUCCAGCCUCGGCCCUCCUCGGAAAAAAUCGCGGCCAUCGCCGAAAAACUGGACCUGAAAAAGAACGUGGUUCGAGUGUGGUUUUGCAACCAGCGGCAAAAACAGAAACGAAUGAAAUACUCUGCGGUGCACUGA